AGUGCCAGAAGUUUUUCUCUCUCUUUUAGAACCAGAAAUCUCUCUCUCAAGAGUCAAGAAUGGGUGUGGUCUCGAAUGUUAGCGGUGAAGGCGGAGGGCUUGAGGUCUCGAACUUGUCUGAGACUAUCGCCUUUCUCACGAAGGGGCUUUGCAGGGGGUGCACUGAUGUUUUAUCUGCCCGUAUUAGGCAGACUCUUGGUAUCAUGGAUCCAGAUUCCUCAAAUGGAGGAAGCAAAUUUCAUGAGACUUCGAUGUCAAGAGAUGAGAGAGAGCGUAUUCGUUUUAUGCAAGUGCAGAGGAAGAAGGCCUAUGUAUGCCUAGAGAGGGUCAAUGGGAGACUGGUUAACAUUCUCCAGGGACUUGAGCUGCACACCGGUGUUUUCAGUGUUGCUGAACAGAAGAAGAUUGUUAAUUAUGUUUAUAACCUUCAAGAGAUGGGGAGGAAAAAACAACUUAAAGUGCGAACAUAUUCCGAACCACGGAAAUGGAUGCCUGGGAAGGGACGUGUGACCAUUCAAUUUGGUUGCUGCUAUAACUAUGCCGUGGAUAAGAAUGGGAACCCACCAGGCAGCAUUCGAGAUGAGAAAGUAGACCCCAUUCCUCCCAUCUUCAAAACAAUGAUCAAGAGAAUGGUUAGGUGGCGCAUCCUCCCUACAACUUGUGUUCCCGACAGCUGCAUUGUGAACAUUUAUGAUAAAGGAGACUGUAUACCACCCCAUAUCGAUCACCUUGACUUUGUCCGCCCUUUCUGCAUGGUGUCGUUCCUCAGUGAGUGCAGCAUACUUUUCGGUUCUAACCUGAAAAUCUUGGGACCUGGAGAAUUUGGCGGUUCAUUUUCAAUCCCUUUGCCUGUCGGGUCAGUGUUGAUCUUGAAUGGCAAUGGCACUAAUUUGGCAAAACAUUCGGUGCCAGGUGUUCCAGCAAAGAGGACCUCUAUCACGUUUCGGAAGAUGGAUAGAAGGAAGCUCCCAUAUAACUUCUCGCAUGAUCCAGAGCUUGAGGGUAUUUUUCCUUAUGACCCAAAUCAGUCAUUGCCUCAGUCCCCAUCUUGGCAUCCCAGUGAGCCUCGAUUCAAUGACUUGUCAGAAGGAAGGGGAGAGUCAGAUGCAAACACAAGGCCACUAAAAAGAAGAGCGUACUAACUCCUAUUUAAUGCAACGUUAUGAGCAGUCCCUUUGGUUGUGUAUUUUAUAUUGUAAAGUUCAUUUAAUUAAGGGAAAUUCAUUUCUCUUAUUCAUGUUGAGCAGUCCCUUUUUGUUGGCUGUAUAUUUUUUAUUGUAAAAUCAUUCAAUUAAGGGAAAUUCAAUUCUUUUU